AUGGCCUUCACGAUGCGACAGCCUUUUCGGCUCACGUCCGCCCUGGCAGGAGCUUCCAAGACCGUCUUCCGCUCCAGUGGCGCACCUGUCCGAUCAUUCCACAGCAGCAGACCCGCAAACCAAUUUUUCACCUCGCGCUCGACGAUACCAGUUACUACUCUUACGAAAGCUCGAAAUGCGUUCAGACAAUCGAGGACAUACAUGCAGCAGCCAGCUAUCCAGACUCCGGGUGGCGGGAACUUGGUGCAGAAACUGGUAGUUGGAGGGGCGAUGUUUGGUGGAACUUUACUUGCGAUCAACCUAGUAUUCAACCGCGAGACGAGAGAAGAUGGAGGUAUGCCGCCGUUCGAGAGAGCAUACCUCAAUGAUACAUUUAUGCAUACGGGCUUGGGAAUUGGUAUCAUCGGACUUUCGGCCAGAGCUAUGUUCCAGAGCGGCUUUACGUACAGAUUGAUGGCUACCAACCCUUGGGUUGUUAUGAUCGGAGGACUCGCACUUAGCAUCGGAACGAUGAUGGGAACGAGAGCCACAAGCCCUGAAAACUAUAUGCAAAAGUAUGGUCUCUGGUCAGCAUUCAACGUUACUCAAGGAGCUCUCCUCGCACCACUCCUCUUCAUGGCUCCACCCGCUAUCAUCGGUCGCGCUGGACUCUACACAAUCGCUAUGAUGGGCUCGAUCUCUUUCGUCGGCGCCACUGCCAAGCAAGAGAAGUACCUCUACCUCGGUGGACCUCUUUUGGCUGGUGUUGCUCUCGUCGCCGUCUCUGGAUUUGCCCCUCUCGUUCUCCCAGCUACCGCUGUCCGAACUCUUGCCUUCACUGAGAAUAUCUGGCUGUACGGAGGAUUGGCUGUCUUCGGAGGCUUCACGCUGUACGAUGUGCAGAAGAUUCUGAUGCAUGCUCGUAUGGCUGAGCGGGGCUUGAUGGCCAAGGAUCCGGUUAACGAGAGCAUGAGUCUGGAGUUGGACUUCUUGAACAUCUUUGUUCGGUUCGUUCAGAUCUUGAUGAUGCAGCAAGGACGCAGAAAGUAG